CAUCACAUAGUAGUAUUCCCGUUCGUAUCCAUUUGCAUAUCUCGUCACAUAGUCUUCCCGUUCGUAUCCAUUUCAUAUCGUAACAUCAUACAGUCUUCACAAUCUUCCCGUUCGUCCUCUCAUCGUCAAGCCAUUGAUUGUCAAUACACGCCUACAUAUUCCCGUUCUCUUGUCUGCCACAUCGCUCGUGCGUUCUUCCCGUUUUUAUGGGAAGACUGGGGUCAUGUCGUCAAUACAGCAGCAGACAUAAUGGGUGUUAUAUAUGUCGAGUUUCACAUCUGGCUGUACUAAGAUAUCCGUGACCCACUUUCACAACGAUCACUUAUCAGCGCUCAAUCCCCUCUUGAGAAUGACGGCGACUCAUACCCAUAGCAAUGGUUCCAACGAUUUCACACCUGUGUCCAUAAAUGAUCACGUUCAUCGGCGCUUCAACCCUCUCCUUGGCAAGCAUGUUCUAGUCUCCCCACAUAGAUCGCUGAGACCAUGGAACGGCCAGAAGGAAACCCCUGCUAUCCCCGUUGAAACCCCUCACGACUCUAAAUGCUACUUGUGUCCUGGUAAUAAACGCACGACCGGGCAACACAAUCCUGAUUAUAAGGGUAUUUAUGUCUUCGAGAACGACUUUCCAGCGUUGCUUCCCGACCCUCUGGCUGUUGGGACCAACAAGAUCUCCGAUGAUCCAUUAUUCCAGUCUGAACCAGUCAGAGGACGGUGCAAGGUGAUUUGUUUCCAUCCCCGGCAUGACCUGACCAUGGCAGCUAUGAGGAUUUCAGAGAUCAAUCAUGUUUUGGACGGGUGGAAAGACGUUUAUGCGGAGGAAGGGAAGAUCAUGCAAGAGGAGAGUUCAGACGGCUGUGUGCAAAUCUUUGAGAACCGAGGCGCAAUGAUGGGUUGUUCCGCACCGCAUCCUCAUGGUCAAGUGUGGACCACUUCAUUUGUUCCCGAUGAACCCGCUACCGAAAUCGAGAACUUUGUUCGCUAUGCCUCAGGUCGUUCCGGGUCUCAUAUGCUGUUGGACUAUGCUCUUCGCGAAGUAAAGGCUAGAGAGAGAGUCGUAACGUUGCACGAAAGCGGCUGGGUCGCAGUAGUGCCAUACUGGGCUGCGUGGCCAUUUGAAAUCCUGCUCAUGCCUUACAAACGCCAUAUCCCAUCGAUCUUACAACUGACAGCGGAGGAACAAACUGGAUUAGCGACGAUCUUGAAAGAUGUACUGAGUCGCUAUGACAAUCUGUUCUCAUGUCCUUUCCCUUAUUCCAUGGGUUUGCACCAGUCUCCUCUGCCUCCGACAGACCCGACAUCAAACUCCGCCCAAGUUCAUUUCCAUUUCUACCCACCUCUCCUCCGAAGCGCAACAGUGAGAAAGUUCAUGGUCGGAUUCGAGCUCUUAGGGGAGGCGCAGCGAGAUAUUGUACCGGAACAAGCGGCUGUUCGUCUGCGAGAGUCCCUUCCUCAUAAACGUGCAACACUUUCAAACGACAAGCCAUACAAUCCCUAAGCUCACAAUACAUAACUCAGUUGUUGUCUCGAAGCAUGUACUGUAGUUUCCAGUCUUCAUUCAAGUUCAAAGAUCCGUACUCUGUGCAGCUGGUUCCUGCUGGUAUUGGCUUUCUUCUAAAUAUUUGUAAUGGCGGCUGGCCGCUGUAACGACAUUGUUUGACAGAGUUUCAUAACAAGUUGAUAGCUAACGGUGCCUCUCCUACGUAGAACAGAUUGCAUCUUGGUUAAAAAAGAAACAGCGUUUUAAUCCUGUGCAUCUGCAAAGACGAAACAGGUCCAUCUUUGUCUGCAGUACCAGGUUUGCACAUCACAUGGUUGCUUGAGUAACUCUCAUUCUCUCUUGUCUUCCCUUCUAGGGCGUCCAUUCCAUAUUCUACGCGCCUCACAGCGAACCCGAGUAAUUGUUCGCCUUUUAAUCGACCCGUUGUAGUGCAAUGAGCUUUCGGCCUCAUAGACUAAUGCCACAUCACAGUCGGAAGCUACCGCCGGUGACAGUGUGAGAGAGAGAGAGAGAGCGAGAGGAGAUGGAUUAGGAUACAAGAAAGGACUAUAGAAGAAACUACGAGAGGCUGUGACAGCAACUACCUCUUCCAUGGGUAGCUGCCAAACAGCUUACGGAGAUUCUAAGUACAUAGGUACAUAACUGUUAGUUACGCCCAUGGAGCCUAUAUUGCUAUAUUGUUUGAUACACACACAACACACAACAACAACGAAACUCGACAUGAGACCCGAGUUCAACUAUACCACUACACAACCUAACGACCUAUCGUCAGUAUCACUACUAGGUAGAUCGACCGCCAACAGCCAAACCUAGGACAGCUUUGUAUUCCGUAGAAUUGAUACCAAGGAGUCGAUAUUCUGUUAUCUGCUGUGGGUGGAAGCGGAACGGAACCAACAACUGGAUCGUUUAACCAAUAGGAGACCCGGGUAUUUCCCUACACCGUCCUGAAGAUUCGGACUGACGGAACAAGACUCAAAACGGGAUAAACACCCAGGCAUUUACUGAUCGUUCGGAUCGUUGACUCCUCAGGGUGGAUAUCACUAGUAGGUUAUAUCGACUACAGGCAGUAUUCGGCUAGGUCGGAUCAUCCCGACGACUUCGGGACAAUUGGAGUUGAGGUAAAGUUUGGCUAGUCGGUAUAAGGAAAACACAGACAAUUUUGGUAGA